AUGAAAACGCACUGCGGGCGUAUUUUAGGGCAAAAGGGGAAGAAACUGGAUGUUUGGCGUAUCGGGCUCGGAUGCAUCGCUUUUUUUGCAGAGCUGGAGCCAUCUCUAUCCGUCACUGAGCAAAACCUGGCAGACCGAGUUAGGUACAUCCUGCGCUCCAACAUAUUUGGUGACGCCGAACUCGAGCGACUACGACGUGAGGCUAUUCCUUCAUCGAAUGGAAAUGCUACGGCUGGGAAUGCGGCGCCACUAGAUGCGCAACAAACUGCAUAUGUGGAUGCUGCCGUCAACAUUCCAUUUGUGGCUAAUUCUGACGAUGAUGGAAUAGUCUUCCACGAACUAGAGAAAAUGAGGAGCAUAUUGGAAGAGUCAAUGCUGGAAACGCGCAGCAUGCCUCUCGAAAAUCGACCGCGACUUCCCCGCAUACCCCUUAGCAAGCGAAAUCGGGCUGUCGUGCGGGCUCUUAACCCAAUGCUGGUGACCUAUUUGGAAGCCAGCCGGGACCUUUGCGAGACGGAUUCAAUUCUUUUUGGCGCCGCACUGGCAGUAUGCCGUAUUAUUGGCGCCAAACUUCCCGUGGCUGGACGUGCUACUCAAAAAAGUAGCGCCAUCCCAGCCUGGAGAAAAAGAAUUGAGGACCGUAUCGCAAAGGCAAGGGCCCUUAUCGGCAGCCUGACAAGCUUCAGGUCGGGUAAUAAUAGACCGAGGAUUAUGCGCACCGUUAGGAUGGCGUUUGCUGGGACCAAUAUCAGUUUGUUCCAACCGGAUAUCACGCAAAAACUAACGGAGCGCAUAGAUGACCUGAAGCAAAAAAAAUCGCUGCUUGGGGGAAGCGGAUUCGACGAUUUAGCGAGAGGUCAAGGCGGUUCAACCAGAAUCGUCUCUUCCAGAGUGAUCAGAAGAGGCUCUAUAAAUCAUUGGAGAGGUAUGUGGAGCGGGCCCAGGACCGGAUCAGGCCGACACUGUCGCAUUUUGGCGUGGCCUGUGGUCAGAGCCCGUAAACCACAGCGAGGGCCCUUGGAUGGAAGUUGUGGCGAGCCAGAGUGCAAGUGUUACGCCUAUGAACCCCGUCACCAUAACGCCUGA